CCUGCCAUUGCAUGACAUAUAGUGACACUGCGAGUCUAAUAUACUUAUGUCUUUCGUGAUUCUUUUAUCUCUGUAACCUAAGUUAACCCGACACAGGCUUCCAAAAACUGAGCGGCGCUGGACUUUUCCUACUGGGUUCGUUACCUGGUUUCUAAGCCAUACAAAGACUUCGUUAGAAUAACCCAAGAGAUUUCGUGAGAAGUCUAUGAGACACCCACAACAAGCGGCUCAGAUUCCUUUGAAGAGGACUUCAGGGAGACAAGAAUCAAAACCAAUACUAGUCAGAAGAACAUACGGCACUAUGUCUGAAACAACUUCAGAGGAGAUGAGAGAGGCUACUUCCCGGCAGCCUAUAGCGAAAAGAAUUCUCGCAUAUUGGAGGACCUACGUUGUCAUCUUGAUACCGCUGAUAUUCAUGCCUUUGCCUAUUGCCUUGCCGUCACUUAAAAUGAAUUGUGCAUACAUCAUGAUCAUCAUGGCGGCCUAUUGGGUGACGGAAGCUCUUCCACUCGCCGUCACAUCACUAUUACCCGUUGUGCUAGUGCCUCUCCUGGGCAUCAUGUCAUCAAAGGAUCUCUGUCCGAAUUAUACCAAGGAUACGAUCUUGUUGUUUAUGGGAGGUCUGAUGGUCGCUGUGUGCGUAGAGCACUGGAAUCUCCACAAGCGCAUCGCCAUCAAGGUGCUAGUAUGGGUGGGAACAGCCCCCAGAUGGCUGAUGCUCGGCUUCAUGCUGCCCACGUGGUUUCUCUCGAUGUGGAUCAGUAACACCGCUACCACGGCAAUGAUGAUUCCCAUCGUAGCCGCCGUCUUAGAAGAAAUGAGAGGCGGACAGAAGGCAGCCGAACGGAUGUCUAUAAGUGGUGAUCAAUAUUCUAGCAACAUGAGUGUCAGUCAGCCUGGCGAUGAUGCUUCGCAUUCGGGUCUUAAUAUGAGCCGUUCAUCUCUCCGAUCGAGAUCUAGUUCAGUGUCUCCCUCUAACGGUCCGUAUCCACCUGAGAAAACGGCUGUGAAAGUGAUGACAACCAACAUAGACGAGUCGGAGACAUUGGUGAUGGAGAACAGGGCGUAUAGUUCCUCUGAGAAAAACUCCUUCAAAACGAACAGCAGCACUGGACAAGACGUCUCGGCAGAAGACAAGGCAUACCAAAAUCUGUGCAAGGCGAUGAGUCUGAGCGUGGCAUAUGCUGCAAACUCUGGAGGUAUUGCCACCCUCACGGGAACUGGACCCAACCUUGUCUUGAAGGGACAACUGGACAUAUUAUUUGGUGAAGAAGUGGGCGUCAGUUUUAGCUCGUGGAUGGUGUUCGCCUUUCCUAUCUCCCUGAUUUCCUUGUUCGUUUCCUGGGUCUGGUUACAGAUGCUCUAUUUGGGUUGUUUAAGUACUUUUCGAGACUGUUGCAAAAAACAGAAGACUGAUGCGGCCAUAAAAAAGAUAAUUAGAGAAGAGUAUGAAGCUCUUGGACCAUGGUCAUUUGCUGAGAUAUCCAUCUUGUGUAUUUUUAGUACACUGGCAAUUCUUUGGUUCACUAGAUCCCCAGGUUUCAUGCCUGGUUGGGGAGAUUUAUUCCCAACAGGAUAUGCAACGGAUGCGACGGCAGCCAUGGCCAUUGCUAUCCUAUUAUUCAUAUUCCCAUCGCAACUGCCAAGAUGUUGGGGUGGAGGACCCCGUGCACCCGUCCCAGCACUGCUGUCCUGGGAGACGAUCACACAUAAACUUCCAUGGAACAUCGUCCUUCUUCUUGGUGGUGGCUUUGCCCUCGCCGAUGCAUCACAGGUUUCCGGUCUCUCUGAAUGGGUUGGUGAACAACUCGUCGUCCUGAAGGUGUUUCCAUCUGUAGUAAUCGUCCUUCUUAUUAGUACAAUCAUAGCUGGCCUGACGGAGGUUACCAGUAAUACCGCAACUGCUACACUCAUGCUGCCCAUCAUAGCAGAUCUGGCAACAAAUUUAAAUGUAAAUCCACUUUUCCUGAUGUUGCCAGCAACGGUCUCUGCAUCAUUUGCUUUUAUGUUGCCAGUGGCAACGCCGCCAAAUGCUAUUGUGUUCUCCUAUGGUCAUCUCAGGAUAAGAGAUAUGGUGCUUGCUGGAUGCGUGAUGAAUAUCAUGUGCAUUCUCAUCGUGACACUAGGCGUCUCCACUUGGGGUACGGCAUUCUUCAGUCUGGAUACAUUCCCCGACUGGGCUUGGCAUAAUGAAACUGAAAUAGCUACAACUGUGUUACCGAACUGUACUUUCUACUGAGGUCUCCUCAAUUUACAUUCAAAUCUGUGCGUGUCCAUCGCUACGACUGACUUGUUUUGACGAUUGGGGGAUUGCGAUGAGUCCCUUGUCGUUUGGCGUACCAGUAUGUUGAUUCACGAGACAGGUUAUACGCAUUGAAGGCUGCCUCCUCAAGGACGACGCUGCGUUCGCUGAAAAAUUCUACGAUAAUGGCACGUAUUCAUGGGCACCAUCUGUCUUUACUGACUGUUCUAAAACUAGCAACAGUCAAGACGAUCGCGCGAUUGGACGGUCUCCAUAGGUGGGUUUGUGCUCCCAACAUGAGAUUUGAAGAUUUUAAGCGACGAAGCCGAAAUCCGACAAUUCAAUCUAUCGACCUCUCCCGUGGAAACACCCAGUUGACAAGGCUUGUCGUUUAAUUUGGGAAUGCUAUUAUUUUUAAUUCGGUGAUCAAUGAUUAAUGGAUAGGUUUCAGAAAAAUGACGCAUUUAUCGGAAAGAAAGUGAUGAGUAUGGUAUUUACCGCGGAAAGGCACCACACAUGUAUAAAUGACAAUUAUUACUAUUGGUAAUCAGAUCCUCGUUACUGUCAUCCUGAGAUUCAGGUUUUUUUCUCACUCCUUCGUCAUUAUAAUGCGAUUGAUGUAUUUUGACUCUGCUAUGGUUUUUCUCCCGAUGCCAGCCGCUGUUUCAAUCACGAGAUUAUUCAAAUGGUGGAACUACCGACAAUACGUGAUAUUUCCUACAUGGUAAUACAAAUUUUAUUCAAUGCCGAGAAAUAAAUUGCUUCAAAUUAUAUAGAGGUACAAAAUAAUGACCCAUUCCCACUUACAUGUAGCGUACGUCCAUAUAACAGAACUGUAAGAAGAACUAUUGAACAAAGGGGCGGCUGAGCCCAACAUUGGUGAUUUUGCAUUUAACAGUAUUAUAUAUAUUCAUAAGCUCUAUACGCCUAUAGUAAAUAGCGAAAUGUCCGAUUUUCGAAAAAUUUACAGAUUUCAUCUGUAUAUCUCAAGAGUUUCUUUUAAAGAAUCACGUAUAUAUACUAGUUAUAAUAUUCACAUCUGAUUUGGCACAAGAGAAGAUACAUUUUAUGCAGUAGAACGAUAGUUUACAUGAACAUACUACAAAAUACCAUGAAACACAUUAUAAUAUCCUAUGAUGCUUGGCCAACUCAUCACUCUAUCUUACAAGAACACUCCGUGUUGCAUUGACCUUCUCCUAAUUUCUGUUAAGAACUUCUUACAAGAGAGAAAAGACCAGUUGUUGGAGUGCAUUUACAGGCAUGUGCGUCUUCAACAAAUAAUAUACAUCUUAGUAGACAAUGUCCUGCACAUGUUUGAAAGAAAAGUGCAGCUUUAAAAAACCCACGAAAUUAUGAAACAGAAUGUGCAUUAUUUUCAAGGGUUAUUUCGACCAUACUUGAGACGAUAUAGAGUACAAAAUGGACUUGAUGAAUUAUGCACUCCCUUGAAAUUUAAACGAUCUCGCCGCAACAUUACGGAGUGUAUCUCCAUGGAAUAUCGUUUUUCUUUCCGAGUUGGAUUUUCUUGAAUUAACAAUGUACUAUUUUGAGAAUAGAGAAUGAAAUGUUCAUCAACACUUUUGAAGUCAAAAUUUCGUUACCGACGCGACAGAAUCGUUUAGGCCUACAGGUAAAGAAGAAUAAACUGUUCAGGCUAAAAACCAAUACCACUUCGUCAGG